AUGCCCCACGCUACUGCACUCACGCGCGAGUCCGUCGCCACGCACAACAAGCCCGAUGACCUAUGGUGCAUCAUUGACCACAAAGUCUACGACCUGACCGACUUUGUCGAUGCGCACCCCGGCGGCUCCGUCGUGCUCGAGCAAGUCGCUGGCACGGAUGCGACGACGGCCUUUUACAACCUGCACCGGCAGGAAGUGCUUGACAAGUACGAGGCCGAGUUGUGCAUUGGCACGAUUGAGGGGGAGAAGGCCGAGGUGAUUGUGGGGAAGCCCGGGGAUCUGAGUCCGGUGCCGUAUGCAGAGCCGUUGUGGUUGCGGCCGCAGUUCAAGAGCCCGUAUUUCAAGGAGAGUCAUCGGGCGCUGCAGAGGGAGAUUCGCAAGUUUGUGGAUACGCACAUCACGCCAGAGGCACAACAGAAGGAGAAGGAUGGCACGUAUAUCAGUCAGGAGCUUAUUGAUAAGAUGGCGAAGAACGACAUGCUGGCUAUGCGUCUCGGGCCGGGGAAGCAUCUACAUGGCAAGACAUUGAUGGGAGUUGUCAAGGGAGAGGAGUUUGACUACCUACACGACCUGGUGCAGGCACAGGAGGGUGUUCGGGCGAAUGCUCGAGGCUUUCAGGAUGGUAACAUGGCUGGUAUGACGAUCAGCUUGACGGCGGUGUUGCAGUGGAUGCCAGAGUCUCCGCUCAAGACGAGAGUGGUGAACGAGGUGUUGUCUGGCAAGAAGAAGAUGUGUCUAGCCAUCACCGAAGCGUUUGCUGGAUCAGACGUGGCGGGCAUCCGGACGACGGCGAAACUGACGGCAGACGGCAAGCACUACAUUGUGCGCGGAACGAAGAAGUGGAUCACCAACGGCAUGUUCUGCGACUACUUUGUCACCGGAUGCAAGACCGACAAGGGCUUCUCCGUCCUCCUGAUUGAGCGAGAUGAGAAUGUCGAGACCAAGUUGAUCAAGACGAGUUACUCGACCACGGCAGGAACGGCCUUUGUCGAGUACAACGACGUCAAGGUGCCCGUCGACCAUUUGCUCGGAGAGGAACACAAGGGAUUCGUGGUCAUCAUGUCCAACUUCAACCACGAGCGCUUCAUGAUGGCGUGCGCCGUGAUCCGCCACUCGCGCACCGUAGUCGAGGAAUGCAUGAAGUGGUGCAACCAACGCAUCGUUUUUGGCAAAACGCUCAUCGAACAGCCCGCCAUCCGACAAAAACUCGCAAAAAUGAUCUCCCACGUCGAAGCCAACCAAGCCUGGCUCGAGCAAAUCGCGUACCAAAUGUCGCACAUGUCCUACGCCCAACAAUCCAAGCAGCUCGGCGGCCCCAUUGGCCUCCUCAAAUCCUUUGCCACUCGAUCCGCGCACGAGAUUGCCGACGAGGCUGUGAAUAUUUUUGGCGGCCGCGGGCUCACGCAGUCGGGCAUGGGUCGCGUGAUUGAGCAGUUUCACCGCACGUACAAGUUUGAUGCCAUUUUGGGCGGGACUGAGGAGAUUUUGGGGGAUCUGGGGGUUCGGCAGGCGUAUAAGGGGUUCCCGAAGAGUAUGUUGUAG